AUGCUGAAGGUUAUAGAACGAGACUACUUUAUAUUUGUAUUAAUUCUCUCUCUCUCUCUCUCUCUCUCUCUCUCUCUCUCUCUCUCUCUCUCUUUAUCUGUCCAUAUCUCUCUCUCUCUCUCUCUCUUUAUCUGUCCAUCUCUUUCACUCUCUCUCUCUCUCUCUCUUUAUCUGUCCAUCUCUUUCACUCUCUCUCUCUUUAUCUGUCCAUCUCUCUCUCUAUUUAUCUGUCCAUCUCUGUCUCUCUCUUUAUCUGUCCAUCUCUCUCUCUUUAUCUGUCCAUCUCUCUCUCUAUUUAUCUGUCCAUCUCUUUCUCUCUCUUUAUCUUUCCAUCUCUCUCUCUUUAUCUGUCCAUCUCUUUCUCUCUCUCUCUUCAUCUAUCUAUCCAUCUCUCUCUCUCUUUAUCUUCAUCCUAAUAUGGAUUGGAACCAAAACUAUCUAUCUAUCUAUCUAUCUAUCUAUCUAUCUCAAUGUUCAUAUCUAUCUAUCUAUCUAUAUAUCUAUCUAUUUCAAUCUGUUCAUAUCUAUCCAUAUUCAUAUUUACCUCUAUCUGUUCAUAUCUAUCUAUCUAUCUAUCUAUCUAUCUAUCUCAAUGCUCGUAUCUAUCUAUCUAUCUAUCUAUCUAUCUCAAUGCUCGUAUCUAUCUAUCUAUCUAUCUAUCUAUCUAUCUAUCUAUCUAUCUCAAUGUUCAUAUCUAUCUAUCUAUCUAUAUAUCUAUCUAUUUCAAUCUGUUCAUAUCUAUCCAUAUUCAUAUGUAUCUCUAUCUGUUCAUAUCUAUCUAUCUAUCUAUCUAUCUCAAUGCUCGUAUCUAUCUAUCUAUCUAUCUAUCUAUCUAUCUAUCUAUCUCAAUGUUCAUAUCUAUCUAUGUAUCUAUCUAUCUAUCUAUCUAUCUAUCUCAAUCCGUUCAUUAUCUACCUCAAUCUGCUCAUAUCUAUCUAUCUCAAUCAGUUAAUAUCUAUCUCAAUCAAUUCACAUCUAUCUAUCUAUCUAUCUAUCUAUCUAUCUAUCUAUCUAUCUCAGUCCGUUUAUUAUCUAUCUCAAUCUGUUCAUAUCUAUCUUUCUAUCUCUAUCAGUCAUCCAAGUAUGUUGAUCGCCUCCGACAAUAUUAUCUCUUCCGCUACUGGAAUCCAGCAAGGUGAUCCACUUGGUCCGCUACUAUUUGCGAUGGCUGUUGACGGGGUAGCUCGUUCCAUCGCUUCUCCUUUCAGUAUAUGGUAUCUUGACGAUGCAACGUUGGGUGGAUCCAUCGAGGCAGUAGCUGCUGACCUCUGA